GUACCGGACCAAACGACAGACAGACAUGGCAGAAGUCGCACCAGCACCCGCCGCCGCCGCACCGGCCAAGGCACCCAAGAAGAAGGCAGCAGCCAAGGCCAAGAAAGCGGGACCCAGCGUAGGCGAGCUCAUCGUCAAGGCUGUGACCGCUUCCAAGGAGAGGAGCGGCGUGUCCCUGGCCGCGCUCAAGAAGACGCUGGCGGCAGGCGGCUACGACGUGGAGAAGAACAACUCCCGCGUCAAGAUCGCAGUCAAGAGCCUCGUCACCAAGGGCACCCUGGUCCAGACCAAGGGCACCGGUGCAUCCGGCUCCUUCAAGCUCAACAAGAAAGCUGUCGAGGCGAAGAAGCCCGCCAAGAAAGCCACAGUCCCCAAAGUAAAGAAGGUGGCCGCCAAGAAGCCAGCCGCGGCUAAGAAGCCCAAGAAGGUAGCAGCCAAGAAGGCCGUCACUGCAAAGAAGUCCCCCAAGAAGGCCAAGAAGCCCGCUACACCCAAAAAGGCCGCCAAGAGCCCCAAGAAGGCCAAGAAGCCCGCUACACCCAAAAAGGCAGCCAAGAGCCCCAAGAAGGCUACAAAGGCAGCCAAGCCCAAGGCAGCCAAGGCCAAGAAGGCAGCCCCCAAGAAGAAGUAA